GAAGCUAGCAGAGGCAUUAGGCAGGUAUCUGGUUCACAAUGUGAAAAUGACUUGACUCUUAUACCCCUAGUAUCAGAUUCAAUUUUCCAGUACAACUACAACUGAAAACCCAGCUUACCAAGUCCAUAAUGGUCAAACCAAAAACAAAAGAAACGGUUAUAACGGUUUUUCGAAAUCCUGACCAGUUCAAAGAAAGAGAAGGUUCCAACUCAUAUGUGUCUCUGUGUCUCUUCCUUUAGGGCCUCUUCCUCAUUCUGAGGCUCUCUAGGCCUCUCUUCCUCAUUCUGAGGUCUCUCUUGCUCUCACCCCCGAAAAAAAACCAAAAAAAACACAAACCCCAAUUUUUGAUUUUUUUCCCACACCAUGAACGCAACGAGAAAACCUUAAUCACUAAUGGCUGCAGCUGCCGGGCUCAAUCUUCACCGCCCGUACCUCCUCCUCUCCAUAAUCUUCUUCUCCCUUCCUCCAUUAACAUAUUCGAUAACCGAAGCCGAAGCGUUGCUCAAGUUCAAGCAAUCCCUCACCAAUGCAAACGCUUUGGAUUCUUGGGUCCCUAACUCUGCACCAUGUACCAAAGAUGCGCAAUGGGCCGGACUCGUAUGCUUUAAUGGGAUCGUUACGGGUCUUCGUCUCGGGGGAAUGGGGUUAUCUGGUAACCUAGACUUUGAAUCGCUGUAUGAAGUCAAGGGUCUUCGAACCAUGAGCUUGGUGGACAACAAUUUCUCCGGCUCCAUCCCUAAUUUCAACGUCAUUGGCCCCUUGAAAGCUAUCUAUUUGUCCAGGAAUGGGUUUUCCGGCGAGAUCCCAUCGGACUUUUUCACCAACAUGGACUCAUUGAAGAAAGUGUGGCUGGACCAAAAUCAAUUCAGCGGGAAAAUUCCAGUUUCUCUGGCGGAAAGUCCCAAUCUGCAGGUACUGCAUCUCGAGAACAAUCAGUUCAGCGGGAGCCUCCCGGAAAUGAACCAGAAGUCGUUGAACACCCUCAAUGUGUCUAAUAACAAGCUGGAGGGGGAGAUUCCGAAGAGUUUGGCUAAAUUUGAUGAGGCUGUGUUUUCUGGAAACUCAGGUCUUUGUGGGCAAAAGGUGGGCAAAGAAUGCAAAAAUGUAGCAGGGGAGCCAACACCAUCACCCUCACCCUCACCAACGAGUUCUAAUGACAGCAAUGAGGGUAGUGGCUCGAAAUCGAGUUCGAAAAGUAAGGGGGGAAGCUCUACAAUUGUUAUUGCAUUGUCAGUAACUUGCGCGGUGGUGCUUCUCAUUCUUAUCCUUCUGUUGUUUGUCAGAUCAAGGAGGAAGAAGGCAGAUGAGAAUUUCGAUACUCUUGGAACCCAAAAUAGUCAAAGCACUGAUCAUUCUCCUCCUCAAGAAAGAAACGUAGAAGCAGUUGAGUUGAAUGUGGCGGAGAUAAAUAACAAGGAAAGGGAAGUGGUAGUUGAGCCAUCUCCAUCAGUUGGUAGUGCUAAAAAGGGUGGCUCGGAGCGCAAGAGUACUUCCAGUCAUGCUAGAGGAGGCUGCGGGAUGGGCGAUCUAGUGAUGUUGAGUGAAGAGAAGGGAGUGUUUGGGUUGACGGAUUUGAUGAAGGCCGCGGCAGAGGUGCUUGGCAAUGGGGGGAUGGGUUCGUCGUACAAGGCUGUCAUGGCGAAUGGGUUGGCGGUUGUGGUGAAACGGAUAAGAGAAAUGAAUGCAAUGGGGAGAGAGGGCUUUGAUGCAGAGAUGAGGAGGUAUGGGACGCUACGUCAUUGGAAUGUCUUGACUCCUUUGGCUUAUCACUACAGAAAAGAAGAGAAGCUGUUAAUCUAUGAGUACAUCCCCAAGAGCAGCUUGCUUUAUCUGUUACAUGGUGAUCGCGGACCGUCUCACGACCAACUUAACUGGCAUGCUAGGUUAAAGAUUAUUCAAGGCACGGCAAGAGGGAUGGGUUUUAUCCAUGCUGAAUUUUCAGCCUAUGAUUUGCCCCAUGGGGACCUAAAGUCCAGCAAUGUACUAAUUGGCCCCGACUAUGAGCCAUUGCUUUCAGACUUUGCAUUUGCUCCAAUGAUCAACUCUUCACAUUUGCCACAAGCCUUGUUUGCAUACAAAGCCCCAGAAGCUUUAGAAUUUGGCCAAGUAUCACCCAAGUGCGAUGUGUUUUGUCUAGGAGUCCUCAUUCUCGAAACCCUAACGGGCAAAUUCCCUUCUCAGUAUCUCAACAAUGGCAAAGGUGGGAUUGAUGUAGUCCAAUGGGUGCGGUCGGCUAUAUCUGAAAGGAGAGAAUUGGAACUAUUAGACCCUGAGAUUUCAAACGAAAAGGGUUCAAUCAGUGAAAUGGAGAAGCUCCUCCACAUUGGUGCAGCCUGUACGGAGAAUGAUCCAAGGCAACGGUUAGAUAUGUUGGAGGCUAUUCGAAGGAUAGAGCAGAUAGAGGCCAUCGAAACUAGUGAAGACGCUGCUAGAACAAUACAAGUGCUACCGUCACUUAGAGACGGUUGUGCAGACUCUUCUUUAGUAAUGCCAAAGACAACUCAUGCACCGACAUUGCGGGAGGGGGUAGCAGAUAUCCACGCACCUGCAGCUGCUGAGACCGAGAUUAGCAGACUGCCAUCAAAGAGCUUCCGAAGCAAAUCGGGGUGACGAGAUGAUGGUAGCGAUGUUGCGUUCUCCAUAUCGUAAGGAGUUGCGUUGUUAGUCAAUGAGUGACGACCUCAAAGAAGAUCAAGUAUACUUCAAGGAAAAUGAGAGAAGAGUGGCCUCCGCACUUGUUUUCUGGGGCAUCAUUGUACAAGUAAUAGGGGCAAGAAAGCAAGUGUGUACAGAAUGGAAGAUACAGGGCCCUGUAUACAGCAUUAAUAUAUCUCGUAACGUACCUAUAACUUUUCUUUGAGUUCUAUAUCUGGGUUGUUCUCCUUGUUAAUUAGAACAUACUGUACCUGCAAGUUGCUUCUUCUGUAGUCAUUUCCUUCUAAAAUAGAUUAUAGAUUAUAGCCUGGUUGAUAAACCAAAUAUGAUUUGUAAGCUGCAUUUUUAAUAGAGAAAAGAAAUUAUCUGCUAUA